AUGGCGCUCAGCAUCGAUCAGAAGCGCCUCAAGGCGACAAAGUUCCCUCCCGAGUUUGACAAGAAGGUCGACAUCGAGAAAGUCAACAUCGACCUGAUGAAGAAGUGGAUUGCUAACAGGAUCACCACUAUCCUCGGUGACGAAGACGACAUUGUGGUCGAGACGUGCUACAAUCUCAUUGAGCAGAAUCAAUUUCCCAAAAUCAAGGAAAUCCAGAUUCAGCUCACGGGCUUCCUCAACAAGGAGACGGCACCUUUCUGCAAAGAACUAUGGGAUCUCAUGCUGAGUGCGCAGGAUAGUCCCAUGGGUGUGCCCCGAGAAUUGCUCGAAGCCAAGAAAGCCGAAUUGCAACAGGAGCAGCUUUCCAAAGCCGCUGCCGAUGCUCGUCGUGCCGAAGAACAAGCGCAGAACGCUAUGAUUGACUCGUUCCGUCAGAGCGAGCGUCCGGAACGACCCGAGCGUGGCCCUGAACGUGGCCGUGGCGGAGGAGGAGGACGAUACCGUGGUAGUGAUCGUAGAGGACGUGGAAGGGACUUUGACAGAGGACUGCCGCGUCGCGAUCGCGACUCAAGAUCACCACCGUAUGUCCUUCGCAUUUACACUGAAGAUCAAGACUGCUGA